AUGGAAAUUACAAUCACUUCUAUAGAGAGUAUCAAGCCAUCCUCUCCAACUCCUCCUCACCUUAAAUCUUUCAAACUAUCAUUUCUUGAUCAAUGUGCAGAAACCGUAUACACACCCAUCAUAUUUUUCUAUUCGAGCAACAUUUCUAGUCGGAUGGAAAAGUCUCGCACUCUUAAGGAAUCUCUUUCGACUUUUCUAACUCGUUGUUACCCACUUGCUGGUAGAUUGAAUGAAAACAUCUCGGUUGAUUGCAACGACGAAGGUGUUUACUAUUCUGAAGCCGAAGCCACUUUUCCUCUCCUUGAUAUUCUUAAAGAACCGAACACCAAAUCAAUGAAACGGUUAAUGCCACCCGAGCCAAAAGAACACGGGAGAUAUGAUCCUCUAUUCUUGGUUCAAGUCACUUUUUUUAGUUGUGGAGGAUUGUCUCUUGGUAUUUGCAUGUCCCACAAGUUAUCCGACGCAUCCACUAUCACCACGGUCAUCACGGGGUGGGCAGAGUCUGCCCGGAGGAGCCACGUCUCCGUGGCUCCUCUAUUCUUGUCGUCAUCAAUCUUCCCUCCGAUCGAUUACAUGUCGAUCCGACAACAACCAACCAAAUCUGAGCAGGAGGAGGAGGAGAAACAUGUGGUAGCCCGGAGGUACGUGUUUGAUGCAUCGAGUGUCACGUCACUUAAAGCGAUAGCGGCUAGUGAGAAGGUUCCAUACCCCUCAAGGGUGGAAGCGGUCUCGGCUUUAAUUUGGAAAUGUACAAUGACGGGCUUGAGGUCAAAGUUAGAUAGUCACAAAUCACAUGGGGUUAUUUGGCCCGUAAAUUUACGUGCCAGAUUGAAGCCACAAUUGAGCCCAAAUACAUUUGGAAACAUUAUCAUACCGAUGGUCAAAGGAAACAAAGAUGUAAGCGAGGGUGAGAUCGAGUUGUCUAAACUAGUUGGCAUAAUGAGACGGGGCAUUGUGGAUAUCAAUGAGAAGUAUAAUAGAGAAUUUAGGACGGAAGAACUUGCGGGUGUUAUCUUUAGUUCUUACACCGAAACGACGAAUAUGGGGGAGAUGGAAUUUCAAGCCCAUACUAGUUGGUGUAGGUUUGCCGUGUACGAGGCUGAUUUUGGAUGGGGUGAGCCAGUGUGGGUGACUAUCCCCUAUAUGGUUAAAGCGAAUAUUGUCGUGUUGUUAGAUAGUAGAGACACCGGUGGGGUUGAAGUUUGGGUUAGUCUUACGGACAAAGACACACAUAUGCUCGAACAAGAUCACGACUUGUUGGAGUUCGCUUCUUUGAAUCCUCCCGUGCAUUACAAGUAUUAA